AUGUAUGUGUAUAUUUUACCACUAAUAUUAUCUAUCUAUCUAUCUAUCUAUCUAUCUAUCUAUCUAUCUAUCUAUUUUAUUCUUAGCAAUCUUUCUUUCUUUCUUUCUUUCUUUCUUUUUCUUUCUUUCUUAUUAAUAUUCAUUAGUCUUGCUUUCGUUGUUAUUCGUACCCAUCAGUCUUUUUUCUCCAUUCAUUCUUUCUCUUUUCUUUCUUUCUUUCUUGCAGCUGUUGUAAUUCUAUCUAUCUAUCUAUCUAUCUAUCUAUCUAUCUAUUUGCAUGUAACUUAUUCAUCUCGUACUUUCCUUUUCCUCCAUCUUCAUUUUUCUUCCAUCUCUUUUUUCUUUGUUUCUUCUCUUUUUACACCUUCUUCCCAUCCAUCAUCAUCAUCAUCAUCAUCAUCAUCAUCAUCAUCAUCAUCAUCAUCAUCAUCAUCAUCAUCAUCAUCAUCAUCAGCAGCAGCAGCAGCAGCAGUAGCCACGUCAUUUUGUUCUACUCCACCCAGCCUUUUUAAUCUCCUCCUCCUCUUUCUAUUUUAUCUACCGCUUCUUUCUUCCCUCCUCCUCGUUUCUCUACUUCAUCGACUGUUUCUUUCUUUCCUCCUCCUCCUUUCUCUAUUUUAUCUACCGCUUCUUUCUUCCCUCCUCCUCCUUUCUCUACUUCAUCGACUGUUUUUUCUUUCCUCCUCCUCUUUUCUCUAUUUCAUCAAUGUUUUUUCUUUCUUUCCUCCGCCUCUUUCUUUACUUCAUUUACUAUUGCUUCCUUUCCUCCUCCUCCUUUCUCUACUUCAUCUAUUGUUUCUCGUUUUUCUCCACCUCUUUUCUCUACUUCAUCUAUUGUUUCUUUCUUUCCCCUCCUCCUUUCUCUACUUCAUCUACUGUUUCUUUCUUCCUUCCUUCUCUUUUCUCUACUUCAUCUACUGUUUCUUUCUUCCCCCUCUUUUCUCUACUUCAUCUACUGUUUCUUUUUUCCCUACUCCUCCUUUCUUUACUUCAUCUAUUGUUUCUUUCUUUCCCCUCCUCCUUUCUCUACUUCAUCUAAUGUUUCUUUUUUCCCUUCUCCUCCUUUCUUUACUUCAUCUACUGUUUCUUUCUUUCCUCUUCUUUUCUCUACUUCAUCUACUGUUUCUUUCUUCCCCCUCUUUUCUCUACUUCAUCUACUGUUUCUUUCUUUCCCCUCCUCCUUUCUUUACUUCAUCUACUGUUUUUUUCUUCCCUUUCCCUCUUUUCUCUACUUCAUCUAAUUUUUCUUUCUUUCCUCCUCCAAAUUUUUCUCUUAGUACUUUUAUUUUCCUUUUAUCAUCCAACUUUUAA